CAUUGAGUUAUUAUCCAAGUUUAGACAUGUUGUGCCGUGAAGCAAUCGAGUUCAAGGCAACGAUUGAUAUUGUUGAUAAUGAAAUGUCUCAUACUAACUGGGAGACAGUAGAUCGAAUCGGACCUAGUCACCAUGUCAUAUUUAUUUCCUAAUCAGCAUGUCCUCCACCAGUCCUUCGGCCCGCCGUUGAACACCAAGGCGCGGACUACUCCGGCUACCAAGGCCACUCCGUACCAGGCCCGUCCGGAGCUCUACGCAGCGUACUCCGUCGUUGACGACGCGAAGAAUAAGACGAAGCAGCUCAGCGCCGAGGCUCAAAAGGAGCUUGACAAAGCUAGCAGUGCUGUCAAGAGCGACAGCAAAAAGCUAGAGCUCUACAGCCCUACUUUCUACGCCGCAGCCACAUUUGGUGGUCUUCUCGCCUGUGGUCUGACUCAUACCGCCGUCACUCCCUUGGAUCUCGUCAAGUGCCGUCGGCAAGUCGAUUCGAAGCUGUACAAGGGGAACUUCCAAGCAUGGGGCAUAAUUCUGCGGCAAGAGGGUAUUCCGGGUAUCUUCACUGGUUGGAGCCCGACGCUGUUCGGAUAUUCGGCGCAGGGAGCGUUCAAGUACGGCUGGUACGAGUACUUCAAAAAGACGUACUCUGAUCUCGCGGGCCCCGAGAAUGCGCACAAAUACAAGACGCUACUAUAUCUAUCUGCUUCUGCCUCCGCCGAGUUCCUUGCCGACCUCGCGCUAUGCCCAUUCGAAGCCGUCAAAGUCCGCAUGCAGACGACGAUACCGCCACCGUACAAGGGUACGUUCGACGGUAUCAGCAAGAUCACGGCGGCUGAAGGUAUUGGUGGACUGUACAAGGGUCUAUACCCGCUCUGGGGUCGUCAAAUCCCCUACACCAUGAUGAAGUUUGCUUCCUUCGAGACCAUCGUCGAGAAGAUCUAUGACCGCCUCCCGGGUAAGAAGAGCGACUAUGGCACGGGUGCCCAAACAGCCGUCUCCUUCACUGGUGGAUACUUGGCUGGUAUCCUUUGCGCCAUCGUCUCUCACCCUGCCGAUGUGCUAGUCAGCAAGCUCAAUGCGAACCGCAAACCCGGCGAGGCUUUCGGUGCCGCCGUGGCCCGAAACUACAAGGAGAUAGGUUUUAUGGGACUGUGGAACGGCCUGCCUGUCCGAAUUGUCAUGAUCGGUACUCUCACUGGUCUCCAGUGGAUGAUUUAUGACUACUUCAAGAUGUUUAUGGGUUUCCCUACAACAGGUGGUGCCGCGCCGCCGGAGGAGAAGUAAGGUAGAAGUGUAGAAAGCGAGGCGGUAUGAGGAUUAUUCAGGUGGAUGUGUUGUUUAUUUUGUGUCCUAGCAAAGUUUCCUGUUACUACUGAAUAUCCCCAUGUCUUAAUGUUGCCUUUUACUUUUAGGUAGUGCGAACUACUUCCCUCUCUACUCUAGUUAAACGAAAAGAUAUUUAAAUCUUGUACGCCUAUUGGGUUGUCGUGAUUACCUAUCCACGAGCAAAAGUGCUAACACGACUAAAAGGUAUGUCUUCGUAUAAUCUCUCAGGAAGACCCCUAAUAAAUCACCCCUUGCAGGACUACACAAUCCAGUGAGUGGGCGCCAAGUAGAAUGAAAACUAAUAGUAAGUAAUAACGUUGAUAGCCCGUUCUAGACCUAUUUGCA